GGGCCUUGUAGGUAGAUGGUGGCGCGUGCGGAUGGAAAGAACGGUUGGAGUCUAGCGUCGUUGCUAGGAGACUGGACGCCAGAUAGGUCAUCCGGGAGGGGCUCGGCGCAUUCGCGUUGCUGCUCCAGCCGGCGGCUCCGCCCUCCUCUUCCGGCCCCGGGACUACCCACAAUCCUUAGCCCCUUCCGUCUCGCUAGGCUCCCGGCCGUUCUUCCGGUGGCGAUGGCUGCGGCCGUGGCUGGGAUGCUGCGAGGGGGUCUCCUGCCCCAGGCGGGCCAGCUGCCCACCUGCCAGCUUGUCCGCUAUGGCUCCAAGGCUGUUACCCGUCACCGUCGUGUGAUGCACUUUGAACGGCAGAAGCUGACGGCUGUGACUAAGUAUAUCCCCCCCAAACCUGCUGUCAACCCCAGAUGCCUGCCGCCCCCUCCCAGGCCCCCCCAGGAGGAGACAGGCCUCGUCCAGCUCCUCCGUCGGGAGAUAGCAGCAGUUUUCCGAGACAACCGAAUGAUAGCUGUCUGCCAGAAUGUGGCUCUGAGCGCGGAAGACAAGCUUCUCAUGCGGCACCGGCUACGGAAGCACAAGAUCCUGAUGAAGGUCUUCCCCAACCAGAUCCUAAAGUCCUUCCUGGAAGAUUCCAAGUACCCAAAUUUGCUGCCCCUUUUUGUGGGGCACAACCUGCUGCUGGUCAGUGAAGAGCCCAAGGUCAAGGAGAUGGUGCGAAUCUUGAAGAGUGUGCCUUUCCUGCCGCUGUUGGGUGGCUGCAUCGAUGACACCAUCCUCAGCAGGCAGGGCUUCAUCAACUACUCCAAGCUCCCCAGCCUGGCCCUGGUGCAGGGGGAGCUGGUAGGAGGACUUACCCUCCUCACUGCCCAGACCCACUCCCUGCUUCAGCACCAGCCCCUCCGGCUGACUGCCCUGCUGGAUCAGUACGUCAGACAGCAACACGAGGAGGACCCUGUCGUGCCAGCCAGUGGGCAGCCGGAUCCUCCUGACCCUGUUCUGGACUCGUAGCCAGCCUCUUGUACCCAGCCUGCCCAUAAAUACACUCUGCCCCGUUGGCUGUCGGAGAUAUGAGGAACUUGGGGUGGGGAGUGGCGUUUGUUACCUGGCUUUCACUGACAAAGAUCUCUUCCAGUACAUGGCAGCCCAGAGAUGCAGAGGGAUCCCAUUUCAGAAUGGAGGCGGCUCGUAAUCACUGUCUUUGUCCCUAGUUUUCCCAACUUGUGACCUGAUAGCAGCGGUCUCAUUCUGCUCUCCAGGUCCAAGGCGGAUAAGCCUUUGGUUUCUGUGUUCACUACCCUUGCUGCACCUGCCUCCCAGCCUAUCCCCUCACGGCUCCAAUGUGCCAGAAUAGCUCAACUGAGUAAUUGUGUCGAGAGUGGCAUCUGUUGAGAGCCUACUAUGCCAGGCUCCCUUUACAUGUGCUAGAUCCUGUAUUUUUCACAUGUUAUCCCCAUUUGACAGAGAGGAAGACUUAAGGGGAGGAGAAGUUAAAUAGCCCACCCAAAGUCAUGCUGUUGGUAGGAGGCAGUGCAGGGACUGAACCAGGCUCUUCCUGCUCUGAAGAUGCUGCCCUGGUUUUCUACACUAGAGCUUUUUCAUUAGGGUCCCAAGUGUGCUUGGGGGAUAAUUCUGCGCCCUCAGGGUGUGCCAUGUUGUGGAAAAGUUGGGAGCACUGCUUUAUGAUAAAGUGAAAUGCAUUUUACUUACUGUGUUUUGCUGUUGACAAGCUUAUCCUCCCUGUAGACUUAUUCCCAAGGUCAUCUCUGACUCACUUCUCUUCCUAGAAAAUCCUUCCUCUUCCCAUGUCCAAGCCUGUUACCUCCCUGUACCUGUUCCCACAAAUGGCAUUGCUUAAAUGCUUGUCCUUUUGAAGGCAGCUGCCCACUCUGUCCAGUAUCUGACACAUCUCAGGUGGUUCAAAACAAAAGAGCUGGGACUUCCCUGGUGGCGCAGUGGUUAAGAAUCCGCCUGCCAAUACAGGGGAUACAGGUUUGAGCCCUGGUCCGGGGAGGUCCCACAUGCUGUGGAGCAACUAAGCCCGUGUGCCACAACUACUGAGUGUACACUCUAGAGCCCGUGCCACAACUACUGAGCCCACGUGCUGCAACUACUGAAGCCCGUGCACCUAGAGCCCGUGCUCCGCAACAAAAGAAGCCACCGCGAUGAGAAGGCUGUGCACCACAACGAAGAGUAGCCCCUGCUCGCUGCAACUAGAGAAAGCCCGCGUGCAGCAACGAAGACCCAACACAG